AUGCACAAAGUACAACCCCUCAUCAAUUCAAUCCCCGAAAAACUCCAAGCUAUUACCUCAAUACUAGUAACCGGCUCGUCAAUCUCCUAUUUCAGCGCCAUAAGUCUGGGACGAAAGAGUAGCGAUGUGUGUUCUACGAUCUAUAAAGCUAUUGCUAUGUACGAACAAGGUUUCACACCUACCCAAUCCGAAGCGGAGAUCCUCCUCGAAGCCAUGACAGAAGUAGUAGAGCUGACCGAGAAACAAUUAUCCUUAUUAGCUGCGACGAAACCGGUGUUUGAUAAACUAUGGAUUACCGGAGUGGUGAGGAAAAACACAACAAGUUUAGGGGUCGCAAGCGCCAAACUAUCCGAGGUGAUGAGUAGGGUUGAGCCGGAAUAUUUGAGAGAACCUGGUCGGACGUUGGAAGAUAGAAGAAAGGUUGCCUUUGAGAAAACUGUAGCUGUGUAUGGAAAUGGAAAUGCACAGAACGGGGAAGAUAGAGAGGGUCAGGGUGUUGAAUAG